AUGGCCAAGACAUUAUGUGCUUUUAUUUGUCUGUUGAUCGUGGUAAUGGAUGUCAUAGCUGGGAUCCUAGGCAUUGCAGCCGAAAUUGAACAAAACAAGGGCAUGAAGCACCUAAGGGUAUGGAUAUUUGAGUGUAGAGACCCAAGUGAAAAGGCUUUCAAGCUAGGUUUAGCUGCAGCAAAACUUCUGGUUCUAGCUCAUGUCAUAGCCAACAUGCUUGGUGUGUGUAACUGCAUUUGUUCUCAAGAAGAGCUCAGAAGGGCUUCCCUAAGUAGGAAACUCUCAGUGGCCCUCCUCAUUUUCACUUGGAUUGUAUUUGCUGUGGGAUUGUCUAUGCUGGCGAUAGGAACUUCAUCAAACCAAAAAUCAAAGGCUUCCUGUGGUUUCUCAAGCCAUCAUUUUCUGUCCCUUGGAGGGAAUUUGUGUUUUGUGCAUGGCCUAUUUUCUUUGUUAUAUUACGUUUCUUCCACUGCCACCCUUAGCUAA